AUGGUCGGGGAGCUGCGGCCGGUGUACCGGGGGCGGUUCUUUGACAGGUUUCCCGAGCUGCCAACAGCAGGAAAACUGAUCCCAAUUGGAGAUACAGCUGCCAGUUGUCUGACUGAAGUUUUUCCCAGGCCUAUUACACCCCUGGUUGUGAGAAAGUUUCUCAAUUCUACAAGUCCAGCUCCUGGUGCUGAAAGAAUAUUCUAUGGCAGAGCAAACGAUCCUGAUAUUGCAGUUCAUUUGACACAUGGCAUUAGCUCCCGGUCUUCACUGAGUGCUGGCUUCUUGACAAAUCCACCUCGAAAAACUCGGUUUCAACAAAAAUUUGAAGAGAGAAAAGAAGCCCUGUAUUUAAGAAAUCGCCAAGCACCUCUGGGGAGAUCAUAUGAUCAAACUUCAAUGUUACCUAAAGGCAUGGAUGUGACUGCCACCACUUUUGGAACAACAACCAUCAGAGACACACCUGGUGGAGAGCUUAUAAAUCCACAAAAAACCUUUGAGGUAGUGGAUAAUGAAGCAAAAGAAGGACAUGAGUUGUAUGUUGUGACACACAAUGAUUACAAUGUAGGGGAAGCAAUAAACAGGAAAUAUGAGCCAUCAACAUUCAACAAAUAUCAUGUUUAUGGAAAAGAAACACCUCACUUUAAUGAUGGACGAAAUGUAUCCAAAUCUUUACGCUGGCUUUACAAUCUCCAAUUAAAGAAAGCAGCAAAAAUAGUGUCCAAAAGAAGUGAUGAUUUCAAGGAAAAAUUUCAGCCUCAGCUUGGAAAAGUCCUUGAUCCCAUAGCAGAAACUAUGAACGUUCCACCAGACCAUACAUUUGGAAUGUUUCUUCGUCCUGAUGAGUUCGGAGUUGGUGAUCUUCUUCACAAUAGGGUUCCGAGUGAGUUCCUCCGUGGUAAAGACAGAGAGAGAGCUGUCUUCACUGCAAUUCGACAGAAUUUGAAGAAAGCUAACUACCACAAUUUUGGCACAUUACUAGAAGCAUUCAGGCAUUACGACAAGAACGGUGAUGGGAAGAUAGACAAAGAAGAACUGAGGAAGUCUUGUUUUCAGCUAAAUCUCGAUCUAGAUGAGGAACUGCUGGAUGCUUUAUUUGAUUACUGUGAUUUGGAUAAAGAUGGUCUGAUUGACUAUCUGGAGUUUGUAAACUUUCUUAACUGGAAAGACAAAAUAUCUAUUGAAGAAUUUGAAAAAAACAUAAUUACAAAAGGGAAAAAGCCAGAUGGUUCUGAGCCUUCCCUACCUGAAGAUGCAGAAAUCAAAACAAACGAUGGAUCACUGUUAAAAGAUGAAGAUCUUGUACCAAAGGAACCUGGAACCUCAGAAAAGACACCAAAAACUCUUACAAGACCAACAGAUCGUGUAUUUGCUGAUUAUCGAACAACUUCUUCUCAGUACAAUGCAACUGUAGGAGGUCUCCCUGCAACUUGUUACCCAUUAUACGGCGUUCCAACCAUUCGUUCAGAUAUUCCUGCCCCUCGUGUUCGCCGCAUCAGUGACAGAACUAAUUAUGGUGAUGAAGCCAUGGCUUAUGCAUUAUUAUGUCCAUCUGUCUUCAGCCAGAAAGGAGUGUAUGAGAAAGAUUUUUUUAAGACAAGACCAAAGUCAGAGAUUGCACGAAUUCUCCGUAACAUCGGAGUGAGCAUUUCAGAUAAAAACUUUGAAGAAGUAUGGAAGCAGGCCUGCAUGAAACAUCACAGAGGAGACGUCUGUGUAGAAUCCAUCAGAAAUAUACUGGAUGAGAUACAAGCAUCACACACAAAAUGCAGUUGA